UGUCGCUCGGUAGCGAAGCGUUGCACGAUGUGCAUUUGUGGAUGGACGCUUUUUGGAACACCCUGUAAACUCGAUUCAGUUUUCAAUCUAACACAGGUAGAAAACGCCAAUCUAGAACGCAUUUCCAAUACACCCAGGUGAUCCAUAAUUCAACUUUAAUAACCAUAUAUUUACCAGCAUAGAACUGCUCUUAUAUGUUCCGUGUCGCUUUUUUUCUUAUGAUAAUGAUUGAGAAAGUUAAUAAUAAUGCAAAAGGAAACAAAUAGUUUGUGCUUGCACACAUGUUCUUGGGAUGUAGUAGUCGAGUCAGUCGGCAAAAAGUGAUGGACACAGACAUUGAAAGACGCGUAGUGAAAACGUUCCUCUGGUUCGCGGUAUCGCAUCUUGUUUUGGAAAUACGAGUAUAUGCCGGCCAAAUAAAAUGCAUAGAAUCCGGCCGUUUCUACCGAAAUCCAGAGCCACGUUCGAGGGAUGUUGACCACUUAUGGAGCGCUGAAGAAUGUUCAAAGUACUAUUUAUGCCUCGAAGGUGAGGUGUUUGACUUUCGAUGUUCCACAGGCUUAGUUUUCGAUGUUGACAGUCAAAUAUGUGAAUCCCGCGAAAAAGUUCGAAACUGCGCUAAAGAAACCGAAUCAUCAAUCUCUAGAAUAUAUUCAGAUGAACCCAUUAACUCGCACAAUGUUACAUUUUGUGACCCUUCCACUCAUGAAAUAUGUGAAGACAAUCACACCUGCAUACCGACGCAAUAUAUUUGUGAUGGUUCAGCCGACUGCCCGGAUGGUACUGAUGAAGCAAACUGUAGUCCAACCAACACACCUGCUGCUCCUGUAUGUGAUUCUGCUAGGUGUGUGUUGCCUGACUGUUUCUGUUCCAAAAAUGGUACACAAAUACCAGGUCAUCUCGCUCGUCACGAUGUGCCUCAGAUGGUUUUGGUCACUUUCGAAGACUCGAUUAACGAUGAAAAUAUUGAUUUCUAUAAACAGAUUUUCUCCGGAAAAUAUCUGAAUCCUAACAACUGCCCUAUAGCCGCAACUUUCUUCGUUAGUCAUCAAUAUAACAACUACUUUUUCACUCAGAAACUGUGGAAUCAUGGUCAUGAAAUCGCUGUACAUUCCAUCAGUCAUAAACUGCCAGAAGAAUGGUGGGCAGAAAACGCAACAAUAGAAGAUUGGUUUGAUGAAAUGGUGGGUCAGGCCAAUAUUCUGAAUAAAUUUUCCACUGUUCGAUUAACAGAAAUCAAAGGAUUGCGAGCUCCAUUUUUACGAAUUGGUUGGAACCGACAGUACUUAAUGAUGAAUGAGUUUGGAUUUCUUUAUGAUAGUUCAAUGGUGGCUCCAUUUUCUUAUGUACCGUUAUGGCCGUAUACUUUGGAUUACAAAAUACCUCAUCAAUGUUUUAGACAAAUGUGCCCGACAAGAUCCUAUCCAGGUCUAUGGGAAAUGGUAAUAAAUCAAUUGGAAGCACUGGAAAUUAGUUGCGCAACAUUAGAUUCCUGCCCAUCCGAACUAUCAGGCCAAGAAAUAUAUCAAACUCUGAUUAGAAACUUCAAUAGGCAUUAUUCGACAAAUCGAGCACCAUUUGGUAUCCAUUUACAAGCAGCUUGGUUCGAAAACACUGAAUAUUUAGCAGCUUUUCAGGAAUUUCUAGACGUUGUUUUAUCAAAGCCUGAUGUCUGGUUUGUGACAAACUCGCAAGCUAUUGAGUGGAUGCAGCAUCCAACACCUCUAAAAAAGCUGCUUAAAUUCCAUCCUUGGGAUUGUAGAAAACAUGUAAAGCAAGCUCGCGAGAUCGCAUGCCAAACGCCAAAUAACUGCCAGUUAGCAAGCAGGGCUCUUAAACAGGAUGUGGAGCUGCAGACGUGCAACAAGUGCCCCAAGAAAUACCCUUGGGUUAAAAACGAAUUUGGAGCGAACUAAAGCUAGCAUUUGAAAAUUUCGUUUAGUACAAAAUGGGAAAAAGGAUGGCAGUAGGGUGGUAACCAGAAAAUAUGAUUUACUUUAAAUGUUCUCAAACCAAUACCUAAAAAUGUACGCAACAAUAAAUUUCCCAUAACUGGUUCCUAAUCAAAUUAAACCCGCAGAAAAUCUAUACAAUUUGUAACCAAUCGUUAAAACCAAAGUUUUAUCGAGAAGCAAAAAAUUGUAUAUCCAACAUGGUUACAAAUAAGUCGUUGCGCCCUUUGUACCUUUCAUACGUGUGGGUGUUCUGUAUUAUCUUAAUAUUCCUUUCAUUUUCUUAAAUACUAAUUAAAGACAUACAUCGAAUAUUAUAAUUAACACCAAAAAGCUGUAUCUAUUUUGAUGCUGAUAGCAAUUGAAUGUGGAACAAACAAAUUCCUAAAAUCAUUCUAAAUGUCUUACUUAUGUUUGCUCUGAUAUUUAAAAAUAACUAAAAUGAAAUUGAUAAUGAUACCAACAACGAAAUAUACAAGGAACAGGAAAAGAGGGUUAAUUUUUAAACUGGUUGUUAAAUGCGGCUAGAAAAAAACUGAUUCAAAGAAAAUAUAAUUGAUGAUCACAUAAUGCUUCAACAGUUAAAAUAAUUUAUGAUCAAGUUACCUUUUCACCCCGACAGAAGCAAUCCAUUUUGGAGGCAAAAGAUAAUUGAAAAAUGACAAAACAAUAAUGUUACUUUAUACAACCCGACGACGAUAACAGAAUAACGCACAAGACAUGCAAAACAGCUCCGAUAAAACCUUCUGGUUCUUUACCUAAAACCUUGUAAAUAUUGCUUUAAAUUUGGGCAAAAGCUAUAAAAAAUGAACGAACAAUAAUAAUGCAAAAUAAAAUAAUAGUAUAUCUGAAACACUCAAAACACAGUAUAAUAAUUUUUUUCAGAAAAUUGAAAAUGUAAUAUUUAGUGUUUCAUUAAUAAAAAUAAUUUUGGAGCGUCGCGUUGUUUGUUGGUACCCUGAGCUGAGUAGAGACAAAAGUAAAGAGCUCCAAAUAUAUCUUGUUAGGAACAAUUUUUAUACGUUCUACCGUUGAUCAUAUAUUUCAGGAAAUAAAGAAGAAUUGAAGAUAAUAUAGAAUACCACCAAGUUAGUAACAGCUUUGUAUUUAUUUGCCUUUAUCUAUUUAUUGCUUUCACUAGCAUUACAUUGUAAUUUGAUAUUUAUUGGUUUCGUUUGUUUUAAGUUGUACUCGGAUGUAUGCAUUAAAAGAUAUAAAAAAUUCAUGUUUU